AUGGCUAAGAAAGGAAAGAAAGGAAAUGCAGAACCAGUUCAACAACCGGACUCUGAUUCCGACUGGGAUGACGGAGCAAAGAAACCUUCCAAGAAGCAACUUGAAAAGGAGGCCAAGAAGCAAGAACAACUAGAUAAGAAGAAGGAGCGUGAAGCUCUACUUGAAAUGGAAGCCUCUUCAAUUAAAGCUAAGAAAGGUGGUAAGAGUAAAAGUCACAAGAAAGAAGGUGGCCUUGACGAUGCAUUGAAUCAAUUCGGUCCAAAGGCCACGAUUAGUGCAGAAGGUCUAGAUGACUCUUUAGCUGCUCUGACGUUAUUGAAAAAAGAUGCAGUAUCAAACAAAGAUAUCGAUAGACAUCCGGAGAGAAGAUUCAAGGCUGCACUAGCAGCAUACACUGAAAGAAGACUUCCUGAAGUGAAAAGUGAAAAUCCUGGUUUGAGAAAGCAGCAGUUGGAGCAGUUGAUAUUCAAGGAGUUCCAAAAAAGCGAUGAAAAUCCUUUUAACCAAGAAACCACUGUCAGUCACAAUGCUACUAUGGAUGAGAUCUCUGCUAAAAAGAAGGAUAUCCGUGAAAAGAGAUCCAAAAAGUUCGAGCAUUAA